AUGGCAAACAUCUUCGUCAGGGAAGAGUUGGCAGAGGAGGAGCUGGAGGGGGGGACGAGCCCCCAUGCUCCCCCCUCCAGCCUCCACUUCUCCUCCUCCCCCAUCCUGCAGCAGCCUGGCUCCUACUUCUCCCACCCGGCCAUCAGGUAUCACCCGCAGGAGACGCUCAAGGAGUUCGUCCAGCUGGUCUGUCCUGACUCCGCCCAGCAGGCAGGACAGGUGGGCUUCCUCAACCCUAACGGAAACUCCCAGGGAAAGGUCCACAAUCCUUUCCUGCCGACGCCCAUGCUGCCUCCCCCUCCGCCUCCCCCGAUGGCCCGUCCCGUCCCACUGCCCGUCGACGCCAAGCCGCCCUCCACCUCCUCCGAGGGCGGAGGCAACUCACCCACUUCGCCCACCUACUCCACCCCCACUUCCUCUCCAGCCCAGCGGUUCGUCAGCGUCGGUCCCAGAGACCCCGGCUUCAACAUCCCUCAGCAACCACAGUGGUACUUGGGAUAAGGACUCCAGAGGCCCCUCCCCCACCCGCCCCACAGUGGUACCUGGGAUAAGGACUCCAGAGGCCCCUCCCCACCACCCGCCCCACAGUGGUACCUGGGAUAAGGACU